AUGGGGGCAGCUGGUUUUCUUUUUUAUUCACCAACAUUUGUAGUGGCUUUUCUCCUUGCUCUGAGCUCUCUCUGGGUCGAUUUCCCUCGUGUUUCUACAGGAAAUGGUCCUGUUACAAGGCACUACAAAUUUGAUAUAAUUUUAAAAAAUGUGACUCGGUUGUGCCAUACAAAAAGCAUUGUGACAGUGAAUGGAAAGUUCCCAGGGCCUCGCAUUGUUGCUAGGGAGGGAGACAGGGUUUUGUUGACGGUGGUCAAUCAUGUUCCGAACAACAUCAGUCUACAUUGGCAUGGCAUAAGACAACUCCAAAGUGGAUGGGCAGAUGGGCCAUCAUAUAUAACUCAGUGCCCUAUUCAAACUAACCAGAGUUAUGUCUACAACUUUACCAUCACUGGCCAGAGAGGAACUUUGUUCUGGCAUGCUCAUAUCUCAUGGCUAAGAGCUACUCUCUAUGGACCCCUCAUCAUCCUCCCUAAGCACAAUGAUUCCUAUCCUUUUGCCAAACCCCAUGAAGAAGUUCCUAUCAUGUUUGGCGAGUGGUGGAAUGUUGAUCCUGAGGCUGUAAUUAGCGAGGCUCUUCGAACUGGAAAUGGUCCAAAUGUUUCUGAUGCGUACACGAUUAAUGGCCUUCCAGGGCCAUUGUACAAUUGUUCCAGAAAAGACACUUUCAGGUUAAAGGUUGAACCAGGAAAGACAUACCUCUUGCGUUUAAUCAAUGCUGCGGUCAAUGAUGAACUCUUUUUCAGCAUAGCAAAUCAUACCCUUACCACAGUUGAAGCCGAUGCCGUCUAUGUAAAACCAUUCAAGACCAAUGUUUUACUCAUUGCACCUGGACAAACCACCAGUGUGCUUCUCAAGACAAAACCACACUACCCCAAUGCCACUUUCCUCAUGUUAGCCAGACCCUAUUUCACCGGCAUGGCCACUUUCGACAACUCCACCGUGGCUGGAAUUCUCGAAUACUCUACAGCCCUCUCAAGUCCCUCUUCUUCAAUUCCAGUAAGAAACCGUCCACUUUUUAGGCCUGUCCUUCCCCGAAUAGGAGAUACUUUGUUUGUCGCAAAUUUUAAUAGUAAAUUCCGGAGUCUGGCGAGUGCUAAAUUUCCAGCAAAGGUGCCCCAAUCUGUUGAAAAACAGUUCUUUUUCACAGUGGGCCAAGGAACCAUCCCAUGCCCCAAAAACCAAACAUGCCAAGGGCCGAAUAACCGAACCAAGUUUGCAGCUUCUUUUAAUAACAUUUCCUUUGUUCUUCCUUCUAUAGCACUACUCCAAACCCAUUUCUUUGGCCAAUAUAGUGAAGUUUACUCCACUGACUUUCCUACCUUUCCUCUCCAUCCAUUUAACUACACUGGCACUCCACCAAACAACACCAAUGUGAGGAAUGGCACAAAGGUUGUGGUUCUGCCCUUCAAUACUAGUGUGGAACUAGUGAUGCAAGACACUAGCAUUUUGGGGUGUGAAAGCCAUCCUCUCCAUCUCCAUGGCUUCAAUUUUUUUGUUGUUGGACAAGGUUUUGGGAACUUUGAUGCCAAUAGAGACCCUUCUAGCUUUAACAUUGUCAAUCCCGUUGAAAGAAACACAGUUGGAGUGCCCUCCGGGGGUUGGGUGGCAAUUCGAUUUCUAGCGGACAAUCCAGGGGUUUGGCUCAUGCACUGCCACUUUGAUAUUCAUUUGAGCUGGGGACUAAGGAUGGCCUGGAUAGUCCAAGAUGGAAAACUCCCUAAUCAGAAGCUGCCUCCUCCACCGUCUGAUCUCCCCAAGUGUUGA